GUAGCCCAUAUAGUGGACAUGGAGAGGGUCCCCCUCAACAGCGUUCACCCAAUAAAAUAAACCCAAAAUUUCCCAAUCUUCUCUUCCAUUCGAAACCCUAAUUUAUUAGAUCUACAUCGCAAAAGAUAUGGGUCGACUCAGAAGGGGUUUCAUUUAAUUUCAUGCAUGAUUUGUUUAUCCACGAAAUUUUGAUCAAAAUUUGACAUUUUUGUUAUGAGAAAUGUCGCUUUUGUCAAAAGGAGCUUCGAUUCAGAUUCGAGAGGUGUGGAAUGACAAUCUCGAAGAGGAAUUCGCAUUGAUCCGAGGUCUCGUUGAUGAUUUUCCUUACAUAGCAAUGGACACCGAAUUUCCAGGGAUCGUUCUUCGCCCGGUCGGCAAUUUUAAGAACAGUAACGAUUACCAUUACCAGACGUUAAAAGAUAACGUGGACAUGCUCAAAUUGAUCCAAUUAGGGUUAACUUUAUCUGAUGAUCAAGGUAACCUUCCCACGUUUGGAACAGAUAAGCAUUGCGUCUGGCAAUUCAAUUUCCGGGAAUUUAAUGUGAAUGAUGAUGUUUUUGCUAAUGAUUCCGUUGAGCUUUUGAGACAGAGUGGUAUUGAUUUUAAGAAAAACAAUGAAAGAGGUAUUGAUUCUCAGAGGUUCGGCGAGCUAUUGAUGUCAUCUGGGAUUGUUUUGAAUGGUGGUGUGUAUUGGGUAACUUUCCAUAGUGGUUAUGAUUUUGGGUAUUUGCUGAAGGUGCUAACUUGCCAGAAUCUGCCUGAUACACAAACUGGGUUUUUUAGUUUGAUCAACCUGUAUUUUCCCACCAUUUUUGACAUUAAGCAUUUGAUGAAGUUUUGCAACAGUCUUCAUGGCGGAUUGAACAAGCUAGCUGAACUGUUGGAAGUUGAAAGAAUCGGUGUUUGUCAUCAGGCUGGUUCCGAUAGUUUGCUUACUGCUUGUACUUUCAGAAAGUUGAAAGAUAACUUCUUUAGUGGUUCAUUGGAGAAGUAUGCCGGUGUCUUGUACGGUCUAGGUGUUGAGAAUUGACAACAAUGCCUCAUUGUUGGAAACACUAGAAAAAUAAAAAAAUAAUUUCAUGAAAAAAGGAAAUUAAAUGUUGGUUGUUUGAGCUACAUGAGUGCUGUAUAGGCACCAUAGUUUGUACACUUCUUGAGGGAAAAAAGGUUACCUUUUGAUUUA